AUUAAACUAUUUCUUAUAAAUAAAACAUUAAAUAAUUAUUCGAAAAAAGUAACCGAAGGAAUCCAUAAUAUUCUAUUUAAAUCAAAAUAGGGUACAUCAAACAACUGAAUUUGGUUAACCGGUUAUGACAGAAAUGUAUGUUCGUAUAUCUGAAAUACAAAUUAUUGAUAUACAUAAAUAAUAAUCAUUUUAUAGAAAUAAUCUACAUUAUAAGCAAGUAUAAACUUUGGGUAAGAAUAUAUAACUUAUAUUUAGCGCAUUGUAAAUAAUAGUGGCAAUUAAUGCAAUCUCGAAUCUCGAAAAUCGAAGGCUUAUCUGUCAAACAUAUUUCCAAUGGUGCAUUUGACAUUUCAUUAGCUUUUGUUCUUCACAGAUAUCAAAUGCAAUAAAAUAAAUAUCAACGCUAAAAAAUAUAUAGGAAUUAAAAAAAUAUUAUUAAAUUCGUCAUGCUUGUUUUAGUAUUGGGAGAUUUACACAUACCACACAGAUGUAGUAGUCUUCCAAGUAAAUUUAAGAAAUUGUUGGUGCCUGGUAGAAUACAACAUAUUUUAUGUACAGGUAAUCUCUGUACUAAAGAAUCAUAUGAUUACUUGAAAACACUAGCCAGUGAUGUACAUGUUGUUAGAGGAGAUUUUGAUGAGAAUUUAAAUUAUCCAGAACAAAAAGUGGUCACUGUUGGUCAGUUUAGAAUAGGUUUGUCACAUGGACAUCAAGUAGUACCUUGGGGAGAUCCAGAAUCACUAGCUUUAAUUCAAAGACAAUUAGACGUUGAUAUUUUGAUAUCAGGUCAUACACAUAAAUUUGAGGCAUACGAGCAUGAAAACAAAUUUUAUAUUAAUCCUGGUUCAGCAACAGGGGCAUAUAACCCUCUUGAUACAUCAGUUAUCCCAUCUUUUGUUCUAAUGGAUAUUCAGAGCUCAACAGUUGUAACUUAUGUCUAUCAACUUGUUGGUGAUGAAGUAAAAGUCGAACGAAUCGAGUACAAAAAAAAUUAAAAUAUGUAGGAAAAUUAAAAUGUAAGAUAUAUAUUAUAAAUCGAAAAUGGAAUUUCACAAUGAAAUUCAAGAUUAAUCUGUGUAUAAUCCAUAUAAAAUAUUACCUGUAUUACCAUUUAAGCAUUUAUAUAAAAAUUUAAAUUGUAUAAUACAUUUGAUAUAAAUAAAAUGGAAAUACAAUAUAUAAA